AUGAUACAGAGAGUAUGUUCUCUGAUACAGAGAGUAGGUUCUCUGAUACAGAGAGUAGGUUCUCUGAUACAGAGACAGGAGGAGAACCAGCGGUCAAAGAAGAAGAAUAAGCAACAGGAAGGGAUGAAGAGUAAGCAGGAGGAAGGGAAGAAGAAUAAGCAGGAGGAAGGGAAGAAGAAUAAGCAGGAGGAAGGGAAGAAGAUUAAGCAUGAGGAAGGGAAGAAGAAUAAGCAGGAGGAAGGGAAGAAGAAUAAGCAGGAGGAAGGGAAGAAUAGUAAGCAGGAGGAAGGGAAGAAGAGUAAGCAGGAGGAAGGGAAGAAGAAUAAGCAGGAGGAAGGGAAGAAGAGUAAGCAGGAGGAAGGGAAGAAGAGUAAGCAGGAGGAAGGGAAGAAGAAUAAGCAGGAGGAAGGGAAGAAGAGUAAGCAGGAGGAAGGGAAGAAGAAUAAGCAGGAGGAAGGGAAGAAGAAUAAGCAGGAGGAACAGAAGAAGAAUAAGCAGGAGGAAGGGAAGAAUAAUAAGCAGGAGGAAGGGAAGAAGAGUAAGCAGGAGGAAGGGAAGAAGAGUAAGCAGGAGGAAGGGAAGAAAAAUAAGCAGGAGAAGAAGCAAUAG